AUGAAGAAUUCUCUAGAAGGAAAACAAUAUACGAGUACAAUAUUCUUAAUCAAACAAAUUGAAGUAAUGAAAAUAAUUAAUUUUAUCAAAAAAGGCCGCCAAACAGCGGAAGUAGGUCCAAGUCAACAAUACGAAGGGGAAAUAUCUUCUCUUGAUAGUUAUGUUCAACCAUCAACUUCGUUAGUUGAACCAAGCUCUGAUUUCAGUAAUAACAAAAGAGACAUAAAUGUCUCAGGGGAAUCUGAAAUUCAAGUUCCUGGUCAUGAGAAACGCGCGUAUGAAGGUUAUGCAGAUUUCUCAGAAGAUCCUAAUGUGAAAAAAAGAAAAGCCGCCAUAUUAAAAAUUAGGGAGAUUUCAGCAAGCAAUCUAACAAAACAAGCUGAAAAAAUGCUUCAAACUUCUAAUUCAAAAUAUCCUGCAGCUAAAAAGGGCGACACAGAGUUCGAGUCCCAGAUGUCGACCGAUGGAAGAAAUAUUUUGGCAAUUGUCCUCGAAAUAACAGAUGAUAAUCUUUAUAAAUUAGGCACGAAACAUGGAAUCCUAAAUCAACUUUAUGCUAGGAACCAAUUUACAAUAUGUAAUGAAAAAUUUAUAAUUGCCGAAGAAAUUCCAUCGUCAGAAAUUUCACUAAGGAAAUGUUCAAGAAUGUCAUCCAAGACUGGGGGCCAAGGCUAUAGUCGAUUCGGCUGUAAAGGGGGCUGUAAAUCUGACAAGUGCAAGUGUCGUAAAGAAAAAAGCUUUGUAACUCGAAAUGUCACCAAAGUGAAAGCUGUUCUAAUAAAUAGAAGCUCUAGAAUUUGACAUUUUGUAUGUAUAAUUUAUUUAUGCACAUACGGUACCUAAUAUGUUUUUUCAGUUUGUUACUUAAAAAUUUGUUUUUAAUGUAAUAAAUCCUCUUAUUUUUGUAUGUAGACAAAUAUAAAUAAAAAUAUUCUCAAAUUGCCCACUCGACUUCCAGCAUUAUUCAUAAUGCCUGGGCAAUGUGAUUUUUUCUAUAUAAUUUAUCAUUUUGUCCAAUCCCUUCGGGCACUUUUUAAAUUGCCCGGGCAUUAUAAAUACUGCCCAGUUAUUUACAUUGCCCGUA